UACCUGUGUUCACUAGAGUAUGAAGAAACGAUACUCUGUUGAGUUACAUCAAGAAACGUUAAUUCUACCAGGUGGAUUUCAAACAUUUCACUGCUCUCGAGGGAAGCUCUCAUCCUAUAUUGUUUGUGGAAAAACGUUUCUAUCUAAGAGGAAACUCGCCUAGCGAGCGCAAUCUGCAAAGGCUGAGCGGUCGGUUUAUACUUAAUGAAGUUUUUAUCUCCACUGCAUCAUGUCUGACGCCAUUCUGAGUGCAUUCACGCGAAUGACACUCAUCGCAACAGGAAUUGGGGUUUGUUUCGCUUCGCCAGAAAAUACUUCACCCAAUCAGCGUGACACACAAUCUCUAGUUUUCCUCCAAGAACCACCGUAUAUACACUAUUAUGUGACGCGGAACCAACCUGCUAACCUGACUUGGGUCGCAGUGAACGUCUGCCGAAUUCAAAUCAAGUGUAACGGCAAGAAAUUUAAAGAUGGACGCAUUAGAGUGUGUGGAAAGUCUUGUCGCACCUGUAGAACAAGGACAAGGACCAAGAUAGUGACUGCCGCUGAUUUUCCCAAGAAUGCGAAGAGUAUAACGUGCAGGUGCAAAGUGUGGGGAAAGACAGUUGUUCGACAGUCUGAUAUAAUAGUCAUUGACAAGGCUUUUCUUCGCCGUAAUUUUGGCACAGUUCAGUUGUAUCACGUAGUACCUCCCAACACAACUGUGGUCUUAAAAUGUAGGCCUCCAUACGGUUCACCUCGACCAAACAUCACGUGGUACAAGAUUGGCAAGCCAUCGCUUUUGCUUGGGCAUGAUGGCAGGCGUCGCAUCCGUUUGACUUCAAAGAAAAACUUAAUCAUCAAGCGCGUUCAGAUGGGGGACUCGGGCGAGUAUCAGUGUGUCGCGAGGAACAUGGCGGCAAGACGAGUAGGCCCGGUGAUCAAACUUGACGUUGGAGAGAACAUCUCCACCGCUGAUUGUCCAGUGCACCAGUGGUCGUGUACAGAUCAGUAUUCACCAGAGUGUCAAAAUGGAAGCAACCGAUCAUUAAUAUGUGAGCCACCCAUGUUAAUGGUUGGGACACAGCAGGGACUUUACACAACAGACCUGCUCAACACGUCGACAUGGAGACGCAUUGAGGCCAAGAAUAUCGUGUCAUUGGACUUUGGCUCGACCCCAAACUUGAUUUACUGGACAGACGGAAAAAGAAUAAACCGGUUUUCAAUGCAUAAUGGCGUCAGUAAAGAUAUGCCUUUUGGUCGCGAUGACGUCAUCUCUGUGGAAGAUCUGGCUGUUGAUUGGAUAGGAGAUAAAAUAUACUGGAUUGACGCCAUGCAUGAUGGGAUUUACAUUGGAGAUCCACCGAGCGGAAGAAAAGUAAAAAUCGUUGACGAAAAUCUCUAUUCACCGAGAGCGAUUGUCGUGAGCCACUCUGAAGGUUAUAUGUACUGGACGGACUGGGCCCGAACGCCAAAAAUCGAACGCGCAAGACUGGACGGUACUGAAAGAAGAGUGUUCAUAAGCAAUGGGAUCCAGAUCCCAAACGGCCUGGCACUCGAUGAAUCAGACAAGAAACUCUUCUGGGCAGGGAAAGACUUAAAUGGAUACGGCAUUAUAGAAGCUGUUUCACUGGAUGGACUAAACCGCAAGGUUAUUUUCCGCCGUUCAGGUUAUCACCCGUUCAGUUUGGAUAUUUUCCAAGACUUUGUUUACUGGAGUGACUGGGACAAGAAUGCGGUGUUGCGCAUUAACAAGACUGGUGGGGGUGGAGACGACGUGAUUGUAAGUGGUCUAAACAAGCCAAUGGGAUUAAAGAUUCUUCAUCAGCGUGAAGAAAAACAUGGGGUAAAUCCUUGUGAGAAAAGCAAUGGUGGAUGUGAACAUUUGUGCGUGUACCUGCCGUCUCUGGGAAUGAGAUGCCUUUGUGAAGAAAACUUUAAACUCAAUGCGAAUGGUAAAACUUGCGACAAAUUAGAACUUCAAGGAGAGAACAGAAACACGGCCCCCACGCUGGUUGUAAUAUUGUUGAUUGCCAUCUUACUUCUGGUAGUGUUAGGCUUAGUCAUUUUCUUGCUCAAGAAACGCUGCCGGCCUUGCCAAACGUCACAAGACCUGACAAAACGGUCGACAAAUCCUGACGAUGUACAUGAAGAUGGCGAAGAGUCGCUUGAACUCACUGACCAAACAGAGCUCGGGCGCGCGGUCCCAGAUUCUAAUAACGAGUCAUCCAAUUUGAUUGGACAAGAUAGCGGCGAACCCUCAGGUUCAGUGCCAGCAUGUGGCGAUUCGUCAGUCACAUUGCCGAGAGUGGUGGUUCACGUGGAACAACAUGGCGGAGUGACAAUUGUGGGAGAUGAUGCCAAAGUUCAUCAUCAUUAUUCACCACAGAGUUGAUGUAUUACACCUGAGGAACUGAUUUAGUCUAGAGAGUUAAUGCGUCACCGCGGAAAAUUGACUGUCUAUGCAGUAUCCGCCAGAACACAGUCUCCGUAUUAUAGAGGUACAUGUGAAGUCUGUUUUAUCUGGCCUGGACCAAGUGAAUUGUCAAUAAUAUAUAGAGGAGUUGAGAAGGAAAAGUUUGACUGUACCAUACCAAGUAGUUAGUAGAAUGUGAGCGGCUUUGGCUUACAAAUUAGUGGCUUGUUUUUAAUAUGAAGAAGGACUUAAAAUGGACUCACGAAAAAACAAAGCGGCGACGUUAUUUUCGAGAAAGUGAAGAGACCUUCGUAUGAAAGAGGCAAUUGUUUUUCCAAUGAUAGUCUUUCUCGAUGUCUGAGUUUCUUUUUAGCCUUGGUUACCGUACCCCAUUAGCUCUUUAAAACUAACAAAACGUCGGAUAGAUGAUAACAAUAGACGAGGAGAACAGGACUUGGGACACAAAUCUCUCUUGUGUUGUUCUCUUCAUAGAGAGGAUUCUCUGCCUCAGAGUUACUCUGUGGGCACAGGUUCGUUUUGAAAAUGGUUCCUUUACUGGGUCUCUUUAGAGACAGAGAUGAUUAUUCGUCCUUCAACACGCUUUGAAUCAUAUUUACAGGCGAACCAAUCUCAGAUUUGAAUACGUUUUACCGAAUGAAUCUUUGAAGAUUUAUUAUCAAUCGGUGUAAUCGUAUGUAUACCAAAAUUCUCGAUUCUGAUUGGUUCUGCGCACGCCUAUCUGUGGCGUAGUUGGUGCGUAAUUACGUGAGUGUCCAAUUAUAGCCGUAGGCCAGUCCCGAUUGUGCUCGUAAAAUGCUGGAACGUUGCUCACUGAAAUGCCAAAAAGUUGCUAAAAAAUUGCCGAAAAUCAUAAAAGUUGCUCUCUAAAUUUCAAAAAUUGCCACCUAAAUCUCUUGAUAUUUUUAUAUAAACGUUAAUUUAAAGCUUUAUUUUUCGUUCUUCACGAUAAUUGUUAACACCUAGCUUUAAAGGCUUGCUGGCAAAUAUGGGCGAAAUUUAAGGACACUAACGGAACAGAACACAUGGUUUAUUUGGCGUCUUCCCGAACGUCAAGUGGCAGGUUAUGUGCCCAAACUUCAAAAAGUUGAUAAACAUUCAAGAAAUUCGCAUAAAUUGAAGUUUUCUAUGAAAUCGUUACCUUUUUCGUGCUCGAUAUUUGCUCUAAACCUAUAUUUUGCUCAAAAGUUGCUCAGUAAGGCAAAACUUGCUUGAGGUUGCAUACAGGUUAUAUGUAUCCUAUUUCAACGUUAAUUUGUCAUUGGACACCUAAGUUACGUUAGCCUAUAAAAACUUGCGGAAAACACUACUGACUUUUCGCUCAACUUUUGAAAUUUGUUAUUGUUUAUAUUGCUAUUGUUUAUCUAAACUAUAUAAUACUGUUAACUGAAGUAACAGUAGCUCGCCUACCAUUAGCUUUGCUAGCUGCGACCUACUAAGGCUUGUAAUCCAAUUUAAAAGUUACUGUUGAUCGUAAUUUAGUCAUGCAAUUAAUUAGUAAUUGGUCCUCAAGUCGUACAAUUCAGGGAGAAACUGUGCUCGUAAUUGAAAAUCGGUCUCUCGCAGCGUGCGCGUCCUAUUUUGAAAUUACUCGCUCGAUUACUUCUUGAUUUGUACUCCUCUCGGUUCAAUUACUGUUACAAACAAUUUUUAUACACCACCAGAAUGCAAGGUAGCAGCUGCGUGUGAAUAAUUUAAUAUAUUUCAAGUUCCUUUGCUUUUAUACCAAUUUUGUAAGUACCACUGCAUUGUUUAAGUCUGUGCGCAAAUGUCCUCUAAUCCUUUCCAUCUUCGUCCAUGCGUUAUUUCUUCCUCUGAAGGUGGCUUAUUACAGGUCUGUACUGUAAGCUAUGGUCCGUGAUUUCUCUCCAAUCGACAAAAGCGCAAAGCGGGCGGCUAUAUCACAGGUGACCAGAGCGUACCAUCAGAGUUUGUAUGGAGAUCUAUAGGAGUUCAUACGGAUUGGAAAUUUGAUUGAAAGCACUCAAAACUAUCUCUGUUUUUCCUUGAAAAAGCCACUAUAAAGUUUGAACCCGCCUUAUCCAUUUUCUGCCGUUCCAGCUUUUCCAGUGCAUGCCAUUUGAGCGAGUUUGGUUUUAACGGUCUGGUACUUAUCGAACAAGCACGCUUAGGUCAUCACCUGUGACUAUAUAUCCUUUAUGUGAUCGAGAAAACGACUUGACUUAAGAUAUCGACCGUGCAAACUAGUAGGUUAAUUACACGUUUAUUAUAUGGACCUGUACGUUUUAGGAAUUUCGAUCGCUGUGCUUGUCCAGUCGAGUUCCUCAUCGAGAAUUACGGAGCGAAUGUUACAAUCACAGCGUGCGAAACAUAAAGAAACAUAAUUUCAGCAUGUAUAUAUUGUAUAAAAUAUUUUACUUUGUUAUUAAAUUUUAUCUUUUAA